AUGAUCAGGAGAGGUUUGCAAGUGAUCGCAAGGCUUGGCCACACCAGUGCCCUCCCAGGGCCCUCCUGUGUCCCGCCCAGACUUGAUGUCGCCUCUGCGUACAGCUCCUCCACAGAUGCCUUGGUCUCCCGAUUCUGUCUGGAAAAGGAAGGCCUGAAGGACUACGCCCUGCCCAAUGCCAGCUGGUGUCCGGACAUGCUGAGCCUGUACCAUGAGUUUCUGGAGAAGACCAAGUCAGACGGCUGGUUCAAACUGCCCUCCUUCAAGUCCAACCAAGAACACAUCCUGGGAUUCAAGCUCCCGUCUGCAUUCAAAGGGACCUCAGACAAAAAGGACGGGCGCAUCUGCACCAGGAGCAUCCCAGCGGAAGGUCAAGGUUACGAGUAUGUCAUCUUCUUCCACCCCACUGAGAAGAAGUCUGUUUGUCUUUUCCAACCAGGCCCCUUCCUGCAGGGGCCCCCAGGGUUUGCUCAUGGAGGGUCCCUGGCAGCCAUGAUGGACGAGACCUAUUCCAAAACGGCCUACCUGGCUGGGGAGGGGCUGUUCACACUGACCCUCAACAUCAGGUUCAAGAACUUGAUCCCCGUGGGCUCCCUGGCUGUUCUGAAUGUGAAAGUGGACAAGAUCGAGGACCAGAAGCUUUACAUGUCCUGUGUCACCCAGAGCCGAGACCAGCAGACACUCUACGCCAAGUCCUCGGGUGUUUUCUUUCGACUGCCACUGGAGGAAGAGUCACCCCAGUGA